AUGUCCAACACAAUCAAGCAGGCCGCUGAGGCAGCCAGGUCCAAGACAUCAGAAGUCAUGGGUUCGGCCAAGAACGUCCAGAGCGAGGGCGCAGCUGUGGCCAAUGACUUCCUGCACACACCCUACAUGAGGGCCGCGCUGCCCUUCAUCAACGGCGGAUUGAGUGGAAUGGUGGCAACUACAGUCAUCCAACCAGUCGACAUGGUCAAGGUACGCAUCCAGCUGGCCGGCGAGGGCGUGGCAACGGGCCCGAAACCAACACCCCUCUCCGUCACUCGCGAGAUCAUCGCCAAAGGAAAGGUUCUUGAUCUGUACACCGGCCUGUCGGCUGGUCUCCUGCGGCAAGCUGUCUACACCACCGCACGCAUCGGCUUCUUCGAUACCUUCAUGGGCCAGUUGACAGCCAGGGCAAAGGCCAAAGAUCAAAAGAUCGGCUUCGCGGAACGCGCCACGGCAGGCCUCACAGCCGGCGGCAUCGCAGCCAUGAUCGGCAACCCGGCCGACCUGGCCUUGAUCCGCAUGCAAAGCGACGGCCUGAAACCUGUGGAUCAGCGCAAGAAAUACAAGUCGGUCAUCGACGCCCUGUCGCGCAUCGCGAAGAGCGAGGGCGUCGGCGCCCUGUGGGCCGGAGCAGCACCGACGGUCGUGCGGGCGAUGGCGCUCAACUUCGGGCAGCUCGCAUUCUUCAGCGAGGCCAAGGCGCAGCUCAAGACGCGCACGGAGUGGUCGUCGCGCACGCAGACACUGAGCGCCAGUGCCAUCGCCGGCUUCUUCGCAUCCUUCUUCUCACUGCCGUUCGACUUCGUCAAGACGCGGCUGCAGAAGCAGAGCAAGGGCCCUGACGGCAAGCUGCCAUACAACAGCAUGGCCGACUGCUUCGUCAAGGUUACCAAGCAAGAGGGCCUGCUGCGCUUCUACCGCGGCUUCGGAACGUACUACGUGCGUAUCGCGCCGCAUGCCAUGGUGACGCUCAUCGUGGCCGACUACCUCGGUUGGCUCACCAAGUAA